GAAGGGCUGUGGCGCCAUGCCCCAAGGCGCCAAAAGAGCCAUGACGCUAAUGUCCUGGAACUGCCGGGGUGUGGGAGGUCACCUAGGCAGUAAGAAGAUGCUUUACCUCCAAUGGCUCAUCCGCUCCACAUGUGCCCAGGUUAUUUUUCUCUCUGAGACCCAUAAUGUUUCCAUUUCCUCUGAUGAAAUUUCUCACGCCUUCUCUAUGGAUGAUAGUUUUGUUGUCCCAGCCCAGCAUACGACAGGAGGUCUUUGGCUCAUGUGGACUAACGAGAUGAAGCUAACUAUAGUUAGUUAUAGCCUUAACUAUAUUUUAGCUUUUGGUGUGCAUCAACCGUCGGGUCUUAUGUUCAAUCUGCUCUGUAUAUAUGAUGACCCCACCCACCAGUCUACCUCAAGGAUUUGGCGUAAAGCUCGCAAUUUUGUUGUUAAUAGUUCUCAUCGGCCAACCUUUUCUAUGGGUGACUUAAAUGAUAUUAUGUAUGAAAAUGAAAAAUUUGGUCCUACAACUGCAAACAAUGCCAGAAUCUCUCUUUUCAGGCACCACGUCAGAGAACUGGGUCUUCUAGACCUCGGGUACCGAGGUCCAACGUAUACUUGGUCGAAUAAGCGUAAAGGUAAAAAUCUGAUCAUGCAGCGACUUGACCGUUCCAUGGGCAAUGUGGAAUGGUGCCAUAAUUUCCCAAACACAGCGGUUUACCAUUUACCCCUUAUCUACAGUGAUCAUGCUCCGAUUUUGGCUAUCUUAAAUCCUGCCAAUCAUCGCCAUCGUUAUUCCUUUAAAUUUGAAAAUUGGUGGCUCCAAGAAACUGAUUUUCAGGUAACAGCACAGGAGGCUUGGUUACAAGCAGCAAAUGCACUGGAUGCUUCCUUUCACUCAAAAAUCAGACAACUCUCCCGAGGACUUCAAAGAUGGCAAAGGAAAAAGAAGCCACUCACUAAGCAAUUGGCGGCAACAGAAUCAAAACUUCUAGCGAAGAUUUCAGACUUUUACAAACAGCAAGCAAAAAAACACUGGAUAGAAGAGGGUGACCGAAACACAACUUUCUUCCAACAUGCAGUUCGAAAAAGAAGGCAUAAAAAUAGAAUUGCUUGCUUGCGCAUUAAUGAUCGUUUUAUUACAAACAUGGAUGAAAUUUCUUGCUUUAUCAAUUUUUUUCAAACUCUCUUUCAGUCCUCUUGUGCAGACACUGGUGAUCCUCUCAACAGGAAAUCUGGGAGAUCCUUAAAUCCAUGAAAAAAGAUGCUGCACCAGGA